AUCAUAAAAAUCUAAAUACAGGUCAAUUUUACCAGUUAUACCUACACACGCGUGACUCGGGUUACCUGUGGUUGUGAUCCAAACAGCAAGGAGACACCACAGGGAAUGCUAUGGGAAAAAUACUUUCGUGGCUUCAUUCCAUCUACAAUCAUUCAAUUCUUGUGCUGUUCGGCUCCGAGGGAGAUGUCUGCGUUCCCUGCCCCAGUUGUGCAUAAGCCCAGUUCGAAGCAUACCGCGACGGUGAUAUUUCUUCAUGGUCUUGGGGAUACAGGUCAUGGCUGGAUGGCUGGGUUUGAAGAGAUUCUUCCAAAACAUGUGAAAUAUAUUGGUCCUAAUGCGAAAACAAUGCGUGUUACUCUUAAUAUGGGGAUGCAGAUGCCCUCUUGGUUUGACAUAUAUGGCCUACAGCCUGAUGCACCGGAAGAUCAAGUUAACAUUAAAGCAAGUGCUGAUUACUUGACAUCCUUAGUGAAGAAAGAAGAAGAAAGCGGGAUACCAACAAAUAGGAUAGUGAUAGGUGGAUUCUCUCAGGGAGGUGCUGUAGCUCUUUAUAACACAUGGUCUACGCAACACAAUUAUGCUGGUGUUAUAGGUCUCAGCACUUGGAUGCCUUUACACAAAGCAUUUCUGAGUGAAGUUAAGCCUUCUAUCACAAAUAAGGAUAUCCCUAUAUUACUGGGACAUGGUAAUGCGGAUCCUCUUGUAGAUUAUGAAAAAAUGGGAAGACAAACUUUUGGUCUAUUAAAGACUGUUUACAGUGCUACGGAUUUUAAAACGUACAGUAGGAUGGGUCACUCUUCAUGCCCAGAGGAAAUGAAUGAUGUUAAAGAAUUUAUAAUGAGAGUUCUACCAGAAAAUUAGAGUCAUCUUCUCAACAUUUUGAGCAAAACCUAAUUUACGGAGCCAACUGCCGUUAUAAAGUGGGAUUUCAAAAGCAUGUUUUAUUGUUUUUGAAAAAAAAUAUUUAUAUAGCACAUGAAAGAGUGGCCGGUUUUCAUUUAGAAUCACAAGCAUAGUAACGAAGCCAUUGUGAAUAGGACCCAUUAGACAAUUUCAUGCUAACUGUAGAUUAUAAUACAUUGCAGACAGGGCACAUGAUUGUAAAAACUAACAGCUAAUUCACUUAAUAAAUUAAUGUCAUAAAUGA